GCCUUGAACCCUGGAUGGAAUAGAGCAAUGAACAAUGAAAUUGAUUCUCUUGAGAAGAACAACACCUGGGGUGUGGUUUCUCUUCCUCCACAGAAGAAACCACUUGGAAACAAAUGGAUAUUCAAGUAAAAAUUCCUUUAUGAUGGUCAACUUGAAAGAGAGAAGGCCAGAAUUGUAGCUAAAGGCUACAACCAACAGGAGGGUGUCAAUUAUGAAGACACAUUUGCUCCUGUGGUCGAAAUGACCACUUUGACGCUCUUCUUGGCCAUUGCAGUUGUUAGAUCUUGGAAUGUUCACCAACUGGAUGUGAAAUCUGCCUUCUUACAUGGUGAUAUUACUAAAGAAGUCUACAUGAAGUUUCCCAAACGUUAUGCACCUCCUCUUCACAUCCCAAACACAGUUUAUGGACUAAAGAAGUCCCUCUAUGGCCUCAAACAAGCAUCUCGACAGUGGUUCUCAAAUCAUACCGAUUCUCUUACUACACAGGGUUAUGUUUCUAGUCAAGUAGACCACUCCUUAUUCUACAAGACAGUGGACACGAACUACACUUGUGUUCUGAUGUAUGUCGAUGACCUUGUACUAGGUGGCAAUGAUCUCACAAAGAUAAACCACCUCAAACAACUCUUUUAUUCUUCAUUCAGCAUCAAGGACAUGGGUCCUCUAAAGUUUUUCUUCGGUAUUGAGAUAGCUACAAACUCCUCAGGAAUUCAUCUCUCACAAUAUACACUGGAGAUAUUGGAAAAAGUAGAAUUCUUGCUUUCUAAACCUGUCACAACUCCAAUGGAUUACAAGAUCCACCUCACUUCACAACAUUCUGAUCCUUACCCUGCACCAAAUUUCUACAAAAGACUCCUUGAGAACUCAUAUACCUCACCACUACCAGACCAGACAUUAGCUUUGCCACUCAACAAGUAAGUCAAUACAUGUCACAUCCAAGCAAUAUCCACUACCAAGUAGCCACCAGAAUCCUCAGAUAUCUCAAGUAUGCUCCUUCCACUGGUAUGUUCUUCCCAUCUUCUUGCUCUCUUCAUCUUAAAGCUUUUAGUGACUCUGAUUGGGCUGCCUGCAUGGAUACUCGCUGAUCUGUCACUGGUUAUUGUGUAUAACUGGGCAACGCAUUGGUUUCAUGGAAAAGAAAGAAAUAAUAGGCCAUUUCCAAGUCGUCUUGUGAAGCUGAAUACAUGGCUUCUCUUUCUUCUACAAGACUUCCAAGUUAGUCAUCCUUAUCUUGCAAUUCUCUACUGCGACAACCAAACUGGAAUUCACAUUGUAGAAAAUCCAAUCUUCAAUGAAUGGACCAUACACAU